AAUACAGGCAAGAGGGGGAGAGACAGGGAGUACAUACUCAUACACUCUCUCUGUCAAACAUAUAUGCCGUCUCUCUCUCUCUCACACACACUCAUACAGAGUCACAUACUGUCAGAGUUGAAACAGAAUCAGGAACCUGGGACUGAAGAAAACUGGAUCAGAACUGACAUAAUUGGACCUGCGGGACAAGGUUUCUUUCUCAGGACUUGUACAGCAGGACCAGUGCUCGGAGAUGACUGACACAUAGAACCAUUCAUAAAGUAAGGGACAGAAAUCUCCAUCCAUCCUCUCCACACCUCCCUCUUCCCUCUCAUCCUUCAUUCAUUCAUCCCGCUCUCCUCUCGUUUCUCAACGUGGGUGAAGGACACAGGACUGCCUGCUCAUCUGUGUUAGCUGCACACCAUAGUGCACUCCUUCCUCUCUCCCUCUCUCUCCCUCUCAUUCAUUCUCCGCUCUCUCCCUCGUUCCUGAAUGUCACCUCUGCAUGAGGGAGCCUGUGGAAUUUACAAACCAUUUCCCAAAGGCCAGAGAUGGAGCGAACACUGAGGGGGCUGAAAGAUGACAGAAUCAGUCUUCCAUCCAAUUCCGUUCAUCCGUGCUUCUCUUUCUGUCAUUCCUUACUCUGGACGUGAGCUUCUGGCAUUGAUUGGACCUGGUUUCGGUUUUUUAUAUUUUUAAUGUAUCUUAAAAGUGAUUUCUUUGAUUUUAAAAUUGUGUUCAUUUUGUAAUUGAAUUCCACUGCGGAUUGCCUUGUUUGUAGUUUUUUUUUUUUCUAGAACAUUUUUCAAUUGCAAUUUGCGUUUUUUGAAUCUGGCUAGCUUAUUGAUUGCCGCUGUGAAAUACUGAUAACAUCUGGAGUCGAUGUAAAGCUGAAGUAUCUGCUCAAGGUUUCUCUGUGCAUGUGGAGCUGGGACUUACCGGACAAGCUACGACAGGACAGCAGACAAGAGACACAGACAGGACAGAGCUUGACAGAAGCAUGCUUUGUCCGUGUUUAGCUCUUCCAACUCCAACAUGACUCUGGUAAUAACUCACUGUCACACUCGAGGUCCAACACUGGCAUAUUAGAGCGACUUCUGAAACACGACACCAGCAAGCCACCCAACAACUUCAACAGUCUCCACCCUCAAGAGACUUUUAUUUCAUUUCUGUCUUUCUGGCUGUGCUUCGUUGGCAUCUCUGUCCAUCAUCCUGGGUGGUUGGGCAGGUUGGCGGCUCAGUGACGCCCUCCGUGCCCCUUGGGUGAGCUGGGCACAGCAAGAUGGCCGCCCUCGCCAGCUCACUGAUCCGACAGCGCAGGGAAGUGAAGGACCAGCAGGCCAACCGGCAGAUCUCCAACAAGCGCAAACCCUGCCCCAAGAGCAACAAGUCUCUAUGUCAAAAACAGAUCCUCAUCCUCAUCUCCAAAGUGCGACUAUGUGGCAGUCGAGGGAGAAAACUGGAGAAGAGACCAGAGCCUCAGCUGAAAGGCAUCGUCACACGUCUGUACUGCCGGCAUGGAUUCUACCUCCAGAUGUUACCAGAUGGCACCAUGGACGGCACAAAGGACGAAAACAGCUCCUUUUUGCUGUUCAACUUGAUUCCUGUGGGUCUGAGAAUAGUCGCUAUCCAGAGCACGAAGACGGGCCUCUACGUUGCCAUGAACAGUGAGGGCUACCUCUACACUUCUGAACACUUCACGCCAGAGUGUAAGUUUAAAGAGUGUGUGUUUGAAAACUACUACGUGACGUAUUCGUCCAUCCUGUACCGGCAGACACAGUCAGGCCGAGCCUGGUACAUCGGCAUCAACCGCGAUGGCCAGGUCAUGAAGGGCAACCGAGUCAAAAAGACAAAAGGAGCCGCCCACUUCCUGCCGAAACUCAUUGAAGUGGCCAUGUACAGGGAGCCUUCACUGCAUGACAUCGGUGAGCAGAGCCCACCACGGAAAACAGCCAAAACUUCAGACUCUCCUGUCAACAAUGAUGACAAGAAUGACCCGUUGCCUCCUAAAACUGGCGCCUCCUAGCGACCGGAGGAGAUAAGACUGGAGAAUAUGCCACUAUACCAAGGGAAAUGGCAUGGGCAUGAGAAAAAUAGUCAGUGCAGUCCUAUUACUGAUGCCAUUACCCAUGAUGCAGGAGCUCAAUGAACCCUGCCUGAUGGACACCUCUUCUCCUGUUACCGCCUUCCUAUGUGAACCUGGGAAUUUUUUUGAGCAAUAAGAACCCUGAGUUAUUCCGGGUGUACGUUUUAAGAGAGAAAUGAGCUGUGACACCAUUCAACUCCUCCUUCCUUUUUUAUGCCUUUUGUCUGACCAGCGUCAGUUUCAAGCACCAUCUCAUGACACUGGAAGAUUCUGACAUUCGGCUGUAUUGUUUUGGAAGCAUCAGUUCGUGUUGUUGUGCUGCACAGUUGAUCCUGUGCAGUCGUCCUCCUGUAUCUCUAAGCCGAGUGUAAUCUCCUCCUUGCCUCCUCUGCUGUUUGAUUAGUUUGUGACAUAGAGUCAAUUUUCCACUCCACAGCACAGGAAAAACCCAGCAUGUACUCCAGGGUACCAUUAAGACAAUCGCAUGCUUGUGUGAGGCUCACACACACACACAUACACAUACAUACGCACACACACAAAGAAGGAAAUUCGAUAGAAAAAGAACACGCACAGGAGUAAUACAUUCUCUCCUUCCUGUAUGAUAAUGCUAUAAAAAUAUACACCCCAAGGAGCUAAAAAGCUUUCUCUGCCCGUAUAUAAUAGCCUCAAAACUGAUGAAAGUGUGUGGAUGUGUGAGAGGUGACUCGUAACUGUGGAAACAGAGGUACAUUAUCACUCUUUUUUUUUUUUUUUUGCUUUGAUUGUUUUUUCUCCAGAUGCCCUGGGAGUAAUAUUCCUGCUGCUCUCCUUUUUUCCUGUUCCAUUUCAUCUUGUCUUUUCUUCUCUUUUUCAAAAGCUGUUUCAUUUGCUAAACAAUCAAUUCAGCACCAUCUUCAAGUCCAUAGUCUUGUAAUCAACAUUUGACCAAAGACAAUUAUUGGAAAACCAAGCAAAUCAUAACAACACACACAAACUGUCUUCCGUCUUCUAAUAUCGUGUAACAUACUCAGAUCACAAAUCGCAUUCAUUUCAUUCAGAUUUUUGUAUGUAAUAAUCAUUUUGGGUAUCAGAUAUUAUUGGAAUUUCUCUUUUUCUCUAAUAAUACUUUUGUAUAUGUUGCCUAGCAGGGCUUUUAAACCAUAAACAUGAUCCACUCUCCCUGCUCAUGAACAUCUGUCCUAAUUAAGAGUGAACUUCUUAUCGAUCUCGGUGACGCUGUUCUGGAAAUGACGCAUCUGAGAGCACACAGAGGUUACAUGUAGAGACAAAGCGAAGAAUCUUGCUUUUUAGAUCAAUGCAAUAAUCUUCUCUAACUGCAGUAGGGAGGAAUAGUGGAAAGCUGAUGGAAAGAUAACAGAUAGGAGAAAGUAAAUUGCUUCAUCAGUCUUAGGAAUCACUGGCAUUUAUUUAUUGCACUGAAAAACUGGGAUACUUUGAAAUCAAAUCACAUUAAAAGAAUGGACUUGAACUGCGCUUUAGUAUUUAUAACCACAAGUUUCUUUAUAGCUCCAAGAGCCUUACAGUAUUACAGCAUUACAGUACAAAGCAAAAUCUGAAGGGCUAGUUUUAUCCAUAACGUACACUAUCUUCUAUAUAUCAUCAUCAUUUAUAUUUCUGUAAAGCUGCUUUGAGACAAUGUCCAUUGCCAAAAGCGCUAUAUAAAUAUAAUUGAAUCGAACUGAAUUGUCGUCUCCGGUAGCUGCGGUUUCUCACAUAUUCUCUUCAUUAAGAAACAUUAAAAUAAACAACAAACAAAAAACAUUUUGCUAAUAUUAAAUAAAAGACCAGUAGGGACAAAAAAACAUAUGUAGAUGUUUUGAUAGUUGAAGGUAAAAAAAAAAAAGGGAAGACGCCUUAGAGGUUAAGCCUGAUUAAGACCUAGUGGCCUGGUCUAAUUAAUGACUUCAAUUACACCGCUAAAUUGUUCUUUUAGUCUCUCAUACUCCCUCUUGCCACAUUGUCUCAUGUGCCCAAGGCAGAGCUCAUUAUUUGCAUGCACUUUCACAAAUCAGACCAGUUUUUUAAAGACCAAGGCUUAUUUCAAGUCCACGGCCAAUUACAGAGGAGAUUUACAGAUGUUUUUAGGCUGUGUAACUAGCUGAGAUUCAUAUGCGUUUUAUGCUAAUUAUGCUACAAACACGAACGCUGUGGUAGAAUUUCAAAACGGUUGGGAUGACUUUAUAGUAAACAAAGAGCUCCUGUCUUUCAGAGACUUUACUCCAGACCAAGUUUCGGGAAAACUAGUUAGCUGAUAAAUGAAAGCCAGUUUGAACCACUUUUGUUCAGAUCACUUUAAAUACAUGUCUGCAUGCUUUAUAUACGUUUCUCAGCUUUCUUUGAGAGAGAUAAGCUUGAGAACAAAACAUCUGAAGCUUUGCUUAUAAGAGAGGAGGGGACAUGGUGUAUAUUGUGAAGUUCUUCAUUUUGUUUCUAUGCCUGGUUACUGCUGAACGGUUCAUUUAGGAAUUUUCAGUUCUAGCUUGCAUAGCCUAACAGUUAAAAUGUUUUGUGUUGGAAUAUGCUUACAGCAGAAGCUAAUUAUUGUUUCUCUUGAUGCAUCGAGUGCUUUCAUUUGCAUAACUACUAAAUUCAAAGUAAUGGCUAAAGAGUUUUGUAGAACUGAAAUUAGUUGACUUGGUGGUGAAGGCUGCAUAAUUUGUAGGUGUUUUUGCAGCUACAAAAAUUUAACUGAGUUGGAAGUGUGUGCGGUUGCGAGGAUGAUCCUUUUAACAAAACUUCAUAAAUGUACAUUCAUGAUCAGAAUGUAGGGGCAAAGUCAAAAUAGAAACAAAUCUAGCAAAAGAAAUUCAGUAAACUGACAGCCAGUUGUGAUCAACAAACAUCUGAGUGGGAAUUAUGUAAUAUAUGGACUGGAGUCAGGUGUGACAUGGAUUGUGCAGCAGUGAUGCUGGAAAGUUGUAGUGAAGUAUUACUGUAACAUAUUAUUCACAUCAAUCUUAUUAUUCAAACUGAAACUAAAGUUGGCAUGCCCAGUUUAAUUUAAAAUCAAAGUACACAGAUCUACAUGAUAGAAGGAAACAUAUAUAUAUAUAUAUAUAUAUUUGUUAUAUAUAUUUGGUAGAUCAUCAUUUGUACUGUAGAUGGAGACAAAGUUCAUUAAUUAAAUUUGUGGGUUCAUGGGGAUUAUUUUUAUUUGCAUAUUGUAAAUAUUAAAAAAAAAAUAAAAUAAAUUAAAAAAUAGGCAACAUAAAAAACACAGCGAAUGUAAUGUGAACAGAUUGUACAAAGGGAAAAAGAAGGAAAGAUUCUUAGCUAGUGAUGAAAGGCUGCGCGAUUAAAUCCCAGGACUGCCAGUGAACCGCUGCUGAGCCCUUAAGCAAAACUCUUAACCUUCAGAUCCUGAGCACUAUGAUUUAUGUAUAAAUGAAAAUGCAAGUAUUAAGUACUCAUUACUGAGAUAAAUGACAAAAUAUCAUGGUUUUAAUUAUUGCCAUUUCAUUCAGUUUAACAUUAACGAUUAAAUAUCAGUUAUUGUUUGUAUGCAGUGUAGUUCAAACCUCUAUUUGCACAAAAUGUCUGUGCACUGUGGCUUUUACUCCAAAUGCACCUGUGAAGAAAUAAUAACUUAAAAGAAAAUGAAUUCUACGCAGAAUAUCUAUACAACUCGUAAUUUGUUUCAGCCCAUUCAUGACUUCAGCAUCAUCAACAGCGGUGUGCUGACUUGAAUCUAAAGCUGUAGAUUGAUCUAAAAGUGCACAGGAAAUGACACCCAAUACUCCAAUGUUAAUCUCUUCCUCCAAACUCUCCAGGGGACAAAAAUAAAAUAAAUAAAAAAAACGAUCCAUUCGGCUUCCAGAUCAUUUUAAAGAUCAUUAUGAUAAAGUGAUGCUGUGCCAUCUGCGAUAACCUGCUAGAAAAAAGGAGUAAUAUAUUUAUUGCUAUUUGCACUGUUUCAGCUUCAGGUACAGGCUUACACUGAUCAGAGAGAGAGAGAGAGAGAGAGAGAGCAGUGUAUAUGAAAUCUACAUCAAAUGCACAAUGAGAUCAGUUAGGCAAUACAGGCAACGGCGUAGUCUUACACAGCUUCUACUUAUUGGUAGAUUUUUUUAUUUCAAUACUGUUUGUUUCAGUGUUUUAGCUUUAAAAGGGUGGGGUUUUUUUUUAUUUAGCUUGAGUUAGUAUUAAUUCCUGAAAGUUACUUUGCAGUGAUACUUAUCCAAAAAUAGACGUGCUAGGAAUUGUUUUUUUGUUCAUUUAUUUAUGAAGUUGUGAUGUGUGUUUUGGAUUUCUUUUCAAUAUCUAAACUCUCCUCUACUUUAUCAGAAUUCUGCGUAGUUCUGACUCAAACAUAUUCAAUCAUAACUCCUUUAAAAAUAUCUUUUUAAAGUGUGUAUAUAUGUGUGUGUUUGUGUGUGUUCCGUGUCUUCCCUCUAUUGUCUUCCUUUUCUUUCUGCAUCAUUAAGAAAUUAGUGUCUUAAAAGGGAGUGUAUAACACAGUUGCUGCCUGUUAUGUAUUGUAUUGUGUGUGUGUAUAUGUGAGUGUGUGAGUGUGUGUGUGUGUGUGUGUCAGAGAGAGAGAGAGAGAGAGAGAGAGAGAGAUAAAUGAGGCAUGUAGAGUCACAAAACCAAACCUAUAAGCUGUAUCUUGGAUAGACAGAUUAAAUGAAGUGUAUUGAGAAGAAGUGUGCCCAAUCUGAGUGAUGCUUGCUGGAGAAGUGCUUAUUGUAAUUGUGUGUGUGUGUGUGUGUGUGUGCGUGUGCGUGCGUGCAUGCAUGUGGGGGUUUGAGGUGUAGCCCAAUCCCUGCAUCUGCAAUGCAGCAGAAAAGACAAAAAAAAAAAAGAAAGAAAGAAAACCCAGCCCUCCUCACAAGGUCCAACUAAACGGUGAUUCCCUCUGAGCAGUGGCUCUCCUCUCAGGCGCUACAGUCAUUUUUACACUCUCCUGUUUUCCCCUUGUGCAAACUUUCCUCUUUCCCCCCUUUAUGUUGAGCUGCGGUUUUAAGGAUAUAGAGGAAAACAAACCCAAGUGUCUUCAUUGUCUGAAGAUUUUAUGUGUUUGUUUUUUUUUAUGUGAAAAUCUGUCACAGUAUAUUAUGUCUAUAAUGGUGAUUUAAUUGAAAUUUCAAGUCACUCCAAAUAUUCUACAAUGUGGAUUAUAGGAUUUUUUCCCUUUUAGAUGAAUUCAUUUGAAUGAACAAACUGGUCAAAGUAUGAUUUUGAGUUACUGUUCAAGUUGUGUGAAAGACGAGUGUUCUGUCAUAAAAUAUCUGAGCCAAUCAUGUUCCAAUAUGCAAAUACAGGCCAUGUAACACUGUUGAAUCAGGAACAGGAGGAGUGGGUGAUGUGCAUGUAGGGUAAGGGACGUCACAAAUUGGGAUUUUUUUAUGUCGGUGAAAGUCUAUGUGCUUUUGUGCCUUUUAUGUUGUUUAAUGAAUUCUUUCGUAGUCACCACAUGAAAUUAAUUCAAGAUUUAAUAGCCGAAGAAAGUACUGGAUUUCAUAUGAGAUUUGUUUAUUUGUUCUAAAGCCAUUAGAGUGUUUACUGGCCUUGUUUGGGUCUCCAUGUGCAAUGUCACUGAUAAGCACUUUUUUUUUUCUUUAUUUGCUUAUUUACUGGAGGUCUGCUUAGGACUGGAUUAUUACUGACAUGUUGAUGUAAGCAUACGCCUCUGCAUCGUGACUAAUAUUGCAAAGUCUGUGAUUCAUUCCUGUCUGGGAAAAGUGUGAAAUGAGACUGUGGUCUAAAACCUACAGUCGAGAAUGAAUUAACCAGGACUUGAAUUAAACAGCAGCCCACACCUUUUAAAAGGAGACCGAGCUCAAGACCUUUCACCUUUGUCAGUUAGGUACCUGGAACUCUUGCAGCAAUAUGGACUGCUUGUUUUGGUUAUUACUCUCCUUAUUAAAACACACACACACACACUCACACCUUAUAGCCAUGUGUGUGACCUACUCCGAUUGGAUAGAUUACUGUAAAGAAGUCUUCCAAAAAGGAUUUUAAAAAAAAACGAACCAUAUUUUUUGUUUCUUGUCUUCCAAACCAAGACAGUUCAACAGUCUUCCAAUGACACUAUUUUUUAUAAAAGAAAGGGACAAUCCAAGUGGAAUCGUGUGGAGGAUUGGUUUCACCAAAACAACAAAAAGCCAAACAACAUGGCACCAAAAACAUGGACUGUUACAAGAGAUUUUAAGGACACAUGAUGGAAGACUUUGAUGCCUGAAGCAAAAUUACAUGAAAGAAGAAGUAUCAUGAAAGUAACCAUACUCUAAAAGCAUGCAUGAACCGACAUUUACUGGACACAUUUAAAAAAAAAAAAAAAAAGAUCCCUAUUUAAUAAGUCAGCGUGACCCCAUCCAUUUUACCUUCCCCACCCAUCCUCAACCCUGCAUUUGCAAUAGAAUCUGUAUCUAUUUCUAUAAUAACUAAGUCUGAGGGAGACAUAUU